GCCAAUAUAUCCAACUUUGCGAGCGGCCGCUGCUGCUUCACAUAAUCAUCAAAACUCAAACAUGGCAAUGUCUUCAGUUUCAUUGAACUGGGUUCCAGCUACCUUAACCAAGAAGUCAAAUGUGCCACACUCCAAUGAGUUAGCUCGAGCUACUGCACUAUCUUUGCAUAACUCUGUCGCAUGCCCCAAAGAGACCACUUCCAAUGAAGAAAACAAUUGUAAGAGAAGACUGCUGCUGUUGGGAGUUGGAGCUGUAACAGCAAGUUUACUCCCUGCAACUUCCCUUCUUGCUGAAGAGAUACCACCAAACUAUCAAGCUUUUGUUGACAUUUCAGAUGGGUAUUCUUAUUACUACCCAUCAGAUUGGAGGGAAUUUGACUUCAGGGGGCAUGAUUCUGCUUUCAAGGACACAUUUCUUCAACUGCAAAAUGUUAGGGUGAGAUUCAUACCAACUGAUAAGAAAGAUAUCCAUGAUUUGGGGCCAAUAGAAGAGGUAGUCUAUAAUUUGGUGAACCAUAUUUAUGCCGCACCAAAUCAAAUGGUCAAUAUACUUGAUAUGCAAGAGAGAACUACAGAUGGGAAAAACUAUUACACCUUUGAAUACACACUCGCCUCUCCAAACUAUGCCAGUACUUCCUUUGCAACAAUAGCCAUUGGAAAUGGGAGAUAUUACACACUGGUUGUUGGAGCACUUGAAAGAAGGUGGAGAAGGGUCCGUAACAAGCUGAAAGUGGUGGCCGACUCUUUCAAGGUGCUUGACAUCUGAAACUGCAAGUUUCUCAGAGCUUGGCGAAUCCUCAAAAUGAGGAGAUUACCUUCUGCUUCCCUGUACAUACCUGGAGACAAUGAGAAUCUCUCAUAAUCUACUUCCCCUAUUGCUACCAUCCAUUUCUUGAUUUUGUGAAAGAGGCUUCCAGGAGUGC